CCGGAUCCGGGAGAAGGGCGGGCGCCAUUGUGCUUCGCUCCGGACGCCUCUGCCUCAGCCCGGGGCCUUGAACGCCCGAGGAGGAAGACGCCAGAGUGCUCGCGGCGAGCGCGACGCGCCCUGUUCGGUGGCUGUCUGCGAGCAGGGGAAACCUUAAGAAUGGAAUCUAAGCCUUCAAGAAUCCCAAGAAGAAUUUCUGUUCAACCCUCCAGCUCUUUAAGUGCUAGGAUAAUGUCUGGAAGCAGAGGAAGUAGUUUAAAUGAUACCUAUCAUUCAAGAGACUCUUCACAUAGACUGGAUUCAGAGUAUCAGUCCACAUCAGCAUCUGCAUCACCAUUUCAGUCUGCAUGGUAUAGUGAAUCUGAGAUUACUCAGGGAGCGCGUUCAAGAUCGCAAAACCAGCAACGAGAUCAUGAUUCUAAAAGACCUAAACUUUCUUGUACAAAUUGUUCUUCUACCUCAGCUGGGAGAAACGUUGGAAGCGGUUUAAAUGCAGUAUCAGAUUCUUCCUGGAGACAUAGUCAAGUUCCCAGAUCUUCAUCAAUGGUGCUUGGAUCAUUUGGAACGGACUUAAUGAGAGAGAGAAGAGAUUUGGAGAGGCGAUCAGAUUCCUCCAUUAACAAUCUUAUGGAUUAUAGUCACAGGAGUGGUGAUUUCACAACCUCCCAGUAUGUUCAAGACAGAGUUCCUUCAUAUUCACAAGGAGCAAGACCAAAAGAGAAUUCAGUGAGCACUUUACAAUUGAAUACGUCAUCCACAAACCAUCAUUUGCCUUCUGAGCAUCAGUCUGUGCCAUGUUCUAGGGAUUCCAGCAGAAGCUCUUUCAGAUCGCACUUUUCUCAAAGAGAAUUGGAAUCUCCUCGAAGCAGUACACAGUCUGCAUUUUCCUAUAUUUCAAGUAGAGAUGAUACCCCAACCAUAAGCAGUUCAGAAAGAGUUGCUUCAUCUCAAAGAUCAUUUCAAGAACCUUCUGACAACGAUGGAAGGCGUACAACUAGGAGAUUGCUGUCACGUAUAGCUUCUAGCAUGUCAUCUACUUUCUUUUCACGAAGAUCUAGUCAAGAUUCCUUGAACACAAGAUCCGUGAAUUCUGAAAAUUCUUAUAUUUCUCCUCGAGUCUUACCUUCACAGACUCGUAGUAAUACAGCAUCAACUUCUGAAGUUUCAGAUAAUAGAGCAUCAGAAACAUCUCAGGGAUUUAGAUUUCUUAGACGGAGAUGGGGUUUGUCAUCUCUUGGCCAAAAUCAUAGUUCUGAGCCAGAUUCUGAAAGUUUUAACCAAGAAUCUGAAGGUAGACAUACAGGACCGUGGUUAUCAUCCUCACUUAGAAAUAGAUGCACACCUUUGUUCUCUAGAAGGAGGAGAGAAGGUAGGGAUGAGUCUUCAAGGCUAUCUACCUCUGAUAUACCAUCUAGAUCUCAUCACAUUUUUAGAAGAGAAGCUAAUGAAGUGGUUCAUCUUGAAGCACAGAAUGAUUCGCUUGGGGCUACUGCCCACAGACCACAAGCAUCUGCAACAUCAGGCAGCGCUGCUACAGGGGCCUCUGCAUCAGAUUCAGCUCACAGUGUAAGAAAUUCAGGAAUAACUGGAAUUCUUCCUGGUUCCUUAUUCCGAUUUGCUGUGCCCCCUGCACUUGGAAGUCACUUGACUGACAAUGUCAUGAUCACUGUAGAUAUCAUACCUUCAGGUUGGAAUUCAUCUGAUGGGAAAAGUGAUAAAACUAAAAGUGCACCUUCAAGAGAUCCAGAAAAACUGCAGAAAAUAAAAGAAAGCCUCCUCCUAGAAGACUCUGAAGAAGAAGAAGGUGACCUAUGUAGAAUUUGUCAGAUGGCAGCUGCAUCAUCAUCUAACUUGCUGAUCGAGCCAUGCAAAUGUACCGGGAGUUUGCAGUAUGUCCACCAAGAGUGUAUGAAAAAGUGGUUACAGGCCAAAAUUAACUCUGGUUCUUCAUUAGAGGCUGUAACCACCUGUGAACUUUGUAAAGAGAAGUUGCAGCUUAACUUGGAGGAUUUUGAUAUUCACGAACUCCAUAGAGCUCAUGCAAAUGAACAAGCUGAAUAUGAGUUUAUCAGCUCUGGUCUCUACCUAGUUGUCUUAUUGCACUUAUGCGAGCAAAGCUUUUCUGAUAUGAUGGGAAAUACGAAUGAACCAAGCACGCGUGUUCGAUUUAUUAACCUUGCAAGAACUCUUCAGGCACAUAUGGAAGAUCUCGAAACUUCAGAGGAUGAUUCUGAAGAAGAUGGAGACCAUAACCGAGCAUUUGAUAUUGCCUAACUUCACCUAAGACAAAUGGAUGAUCUGUGAACAAGUGUUUAUUAAAAUUGGCAAUUAAGUAUUGAUUUAUUUUGUGGGGAAUGCCUACUAAAUACCUUUACUAUAUCUAUACAUUUAGUGAAUAUAUAUAUGCACAUGUAUGCAUGUAUAUAUAUAUUCACUUCCAGUGUUGCUUAAUUGAAACCUUAUUGCUGGACCUUUUAACAUGGCAAGUGAAUCUGAUGUUUUAUAAACUGGUAAUCAAAAGUAUUUUUCUUUCAGGUGAGUGGGAAAGUAUUAACUCUUGUUCUAGCUCUCUAAGCAGUGCCCACUUCCAACCUUCUUUCUGUGUGUGUCCUGAUUACUGUAGUCAUAUUUAUGAAAAAAUGUUCACGAUUUAUUCUUGUUAGUGAUAAAAGUGGGAAAAAAUUAUUUUCAAAAUAAGCUGCCACAUGGCAGCUAUUAUUAUUUCUUAUUAUUUUGCCUUAAGUUGAAGUUAAAUUUUGGUAAUGAUUUGCUUCCAGUGUUUGAAUAAAAAAGGAAUGAAUGAGGGGAAAGUUCGGAAGAAAAUUAUAUUAGGUUCCCAAAUUUGAUAGGAAUUCUAAAUUCACCUACAAUAAACUUAAUUUUUCACAAAGGUAUAUAAACAGAAAAUAUAUAAAUGAUGGAUGAUUGUUUUUGUAUUGAUUUGCAAAAUGUAGAUUAUAUUUGAUAGGUCAUAGUAUGUAGAUAUUCCUUUUAGGAAUAUCACAGCUAUAAGUUAUAUCAGAAUUGCCAGGAAAAUGCUAUUUGGUAAAAAAUUAUUGCAAUCUCAAUUUAAUGGAAUAUUUUAAAAUCCCACAUUCAAAGUUUAAAACACUGGUUUUUGAUGUGUUUUUUAGUGUUGUCACUUCUUUAUAGAUAAAUAUAUAAAUAAACUGUUUGAAUCUUG